AUGAAUCAUUUCACUGGAGAUUUGGUGAUGAAAUGGACGUCUCUUGUUGACACAGCUCUUGCUCCACUUACGAACGAUGAAAUUAACAGUCAUGACAUUGCAUCUACCUGUUGGUUUGCUCUGAUCUACAUCUCAAAGGUCCGUCAGCCGGUCAUUUGUUGCAACAACCAUGUGUUCUGCUCCAACUGCAUCAAAGUUUGGCUGGAGAAGAGCAGUCAGUGUCCCACCUGUAGAGUGGCCAUCACCCCAGAAAACCCCUGCAGAGAAAUAAUUGGAGCCACAACUGACGGUGAAUCCAGUGAGAGUCAUUCUGUGAAGAGACGCCUCUGAAAGACUCGAGGGGAGCUGCUUUUACGAGAAUAUGAGGAUGAAAUCAAAACCCUCUUGAAAGAGAUGAGCCUUGAGAUGCAACUUAAGACGGCUGUGGAACCGAGCACAGUCUUGGUUCCUCAGAGUGAAACCAGCACUGUCGACCCGAGCGCUCUGGAGGAAUCGGCCAAUAAGCUCAGAGCUGCCAAUGACCUCUACAGAAAGGUCAAACAGGACCUCGAAAGGUUAAAAGAAGCUAACAAAACUCUGCGUUCCCAAAAUUUUGACCUAAUCCAGGAAAACAUGCACUUGAAAGCCGAAGUGGACAGCAGAUCUCCUCAAAAGUUUGGCAGGUAUACCGUCGCAGCUCUUGAGGCUAAAAUUCAUCAGUAUGAGCGGGACGUGGCGCAGCUGAAAAGAGCUCUGGAGCGCAGCGAUAAAUACAUCAAAGAGCUUGAAGCCCAGAACCAGAGGGACGGCCCUAAGUCUGAAGAAGGUGUUUGUUCAAACGCUGCCUCUGGAGGGACUCAAAACAGAGGGAUUGAAAGAAUCGCCCUGAUGCGAAGGAGCCUGAGUGAAAUGGAGGAAACUUCUGUUUGUACAGACCUGGACCGAAAGUGUUCAGAGCUCCCCAACAACCACGGGCGCCUCCUGACAACAUCUGAGGUGCGCCAAAGGGUAGGUUUUCUAGGAGGGACCUUGACUCCACAGAAGGAUGGACUCAAAGAUGUUAUGGUUCCUUCUACACACUCCUCAGUUCUCAGAUCUCUGAGCUUGAAGAGUCCUGCGGUUUGUAGUGACAGAAAGUUAGGUCUCAGACCUCUCACUUACCUGAGAAGACCCAGUUUUGAUGAUUGCCAGGGUCCAACCAGCUCAUCCUCAGUCAACCAAAGUUUGGAAGUUCAUCGUUUGGAUGAAAAUAGAGAGGAGUUCAAGCGGUCCAAGGACCCUUUGGGUAACAGUGAAGCUUUUAUGGAUGCGGCGUACUUGGACAAGAUCUCUGAGCUGGACUCUAUGAUGGCUGAAGGUGAGAGCUCCAGCAGUCAGGUCUCUCACCUUCCUCUGGCAUCAUCAUCUUCAUCACGAUCUCCAGACUUUGAUGCCACCCAAAUACCAGAACUGGAUUUCUGUAGCAACCUCUUUGCUGAUCCUGGAACAGCGAGAGAGCACCAAACCGCAUCUUUGACUCAGGAGACCACCCAUUGUGAUGCUGUUACGGCUUCAGAGGAGGAUGCUUCAGCUGUUGAGUUCAAUGACAGAGCUGGAGUUAUGGUGGAAAAUCCUACACAGCCCACCAAGCGCAAGUGUCCCCCAGGAUUGUCCAUCUCCAGUCCAUCGAAACUCUCAAAACUAAAGUAGAAGCAGAAGCAUCUCAAGUAUUUUCCAGC